AUGAAGAUAAUUCCAAUCCAGGCCCUUGAAAACAACUAUUCUUAUAUUCUCAUUGAUGAAAAGACAAAAGAAGCAGCAGUUAUUGAUCCUAUGGAGCCUAUCAAAAUUUUGAAUGUCAUUAGUCAAACCGGUGCAAAAUUAUCGAGUGUAUUUACUACUCAUCAUCAUUGGGAUCAUGCAGGUGGAAAUAUUGAGCUGGUAGGCAAGUAUUUUCUGUCCAAAAAACCCGGGUUAGCGGUUUAUGGUGCCGAUGCUCGUAUUCCGGAGAUCAACUAUGUUUGCAAAGACCGUGAAGAAUUCAAGCUUGGCUCACUGGAUAUCACACCGCUGCAUACUCCUUGUCAUACAAAAGGACAUGUGUGCUAUUAUGUGGUCGAUCCAGCAACAAAUGAAAAGGCCGUAUUUACUGGAGACACUCUAUUCGUAGCUGGAAUUGGCAAAUUUUUUGAAGGCGAUGCCAGAGACAUGUACCGAAUUCUGUUUCAUGUAAUAAACAAGUUACCAGAUGAUACCUGGAUCUAUUGUGGACACGAGUACACAAGAGAUAAUUUAAAGUUUGCCUUGACCAUUGAGCCACAAAAUGAAGCACUUCAGGCAAAGUGGGCUUGGUGUCAAGAUAAGCCAAUCACGGUACCUUCUACUAUUGGACAAGAGAAGAUGUAUAACCCCUUUCUACGUGUAAAUGAACAGUCUCUCCAAAUGGUAGUGGGGAAGAGUGAUCCAGUCGAGGUGUUGCAUUCUCUGCGGGAGAUGAAAAAUAACUUUCGCCUCAUGUGA